AUCGGACUGCAUUCCGUUAGAAGCUGUUAGAUGUCAUAUACAAGAUCUAUCUGUUUCUGACUGUUUCUAAUGGAAAUUUUUACUAGGGAAAUGCACAGGCCGGGCAUUUCGGUGUCCAAAUGCUCAGGUCAGGCAUUUCGGUGUCCAAAUGCACAGGCCGUGCAUUUCGGUGUCCAAAUGCACAGGCCGUGCAUUUCGGUCUCCAAAAGCACAGGCCGUGCAUUUCGGUGUCCAAAUGCACAGGCCGGGCAUUUCGGUGUCCAAAUGCUCAGAUCAGGCAUUUCGGUGUCCAAAUGCACAGGCCGGGCAUUGCGGUGUACAAAUGCACAGGCCGUGCAUUUCGGUGUCCAAAUGCACAGGCCGGGCAUUUCGGUGUCCAAAUGCACAGGUCAGGCAUUCAGGUGUCCAAAUGCACAGGCCGUGCAUUUCGGUGUCCAAAUGCACAGGUCGGGCAUUUCGGUGUCCAAAUGCACAGGCCGUGCAUUUCGGUGUCCAAAUGCACAGGCCGAGCAUUUCGGUGUCCAAAUGCACAGGCCGUCCAUUUCGGUGUCCAAAUGCACAGGCCGGGUAUUUCGGUGAUAAACGGUGUCCAAAAGCACUGUGUCCAAAUGAACAGUGUCCAAAAGAACCGUGUCUAAAUGAACGGUGUCCAAAAGCACUGUGUCCAAAUUAACGGUGUCCAAAUGAACAGUGUCCAAAUGACCGUGUCCAAUAAUCCGUGUCUAAAUGAACGGUGUCCAAUUGUACCGUGUCCAAGUGCGCCUCUCCCAUUUAUUGCAAUUAGUGGUAGAUUCAUCAUCAACAGAUAAAUCCUUUACGAACUUUUGGAAGCAAAGAAACUCGUUAAAUAAUUGUUCUUCAUUCAAUACUAUAUUCCGAGAACGUAAAAAUUCAAGUGAGGCUUCUAGAUCUGACCACUGAGCUGAAUUAAUUUUACUAAUAUCCAUCCAUUCAAAAACAUCCAACUCUUCUAAGGGCUUAAUCCAAGAUUCUAAAUAAUUUAUCAUUGUUAUAUAAAAAUUGUUUAUUUCUUCAAUGAAUUCUGUAGUACUCUUUCCAGUAUUUUCAAUUUUUCUUAAAAUUUCUUUUACUUUCAAUGGCAUAAAUUUCUGAUUAAUUCUCUGAUUUAAAUUAUCAAUAAUUUCUUUUAAAACUUUUCUUACUUCAAUAAUAGAAUUAUCAGCUCUUUCAAUUGUUUCAAUGUUUGUAUGCAUUAUGUUCAUGGUCGAGUGUAUUGUAAAUAAAAAAGCUUCACUGAAAUUGUUUUCCAAAAAAAUCUUUAAGACUUUUGGCGGAUUUUCUAGACUCAAAAAGUAAUUCUUUAAGGGUUCAAAUAAUUUUAACAAACGUUCAAUGGCGGGAUAUAACCUUAACCAUCUCGUUUUUUAAUGAUACAAAAGUUUAGAGUAUUCAACAUCACAUUCUUGGCAAAAAUCUUUCAAAAUUUCUGUUCUUACAGUAAAUAUUGAAAAUAAGGUAA